UGAAAGCAAGUCUGUAAAAGUGCGUUUUGAGAAGUGAUUUAUAAAGGAUGUGGCCAGCUGUCUCCCAAAGAAACUUACGAUGGAUCUUGGGAUAAUAUUGAUGAAUUAAUGUGAAGUCAAGAUAAAACUGGAAAUAACAUGCUUUAUGUCAUCUAACUUGGGAAAAAUAUCCAUAUUCGUGAAACAAAUUGCCAUAAUCCGAACCAACCCCACAUUAUCAUGUUAAUGACAACGUGUUUAGUUGGUAUGACCUUUUUAAAGUUCUGGUCCAGCAGAGGAGGCUGUUCUGAAGGAAAGGAGACAAUCCAACAGCAAUUUCAAGGAUCUUCAUCAGCGAUCAGAGUGGUUGGCUGCCAUCUGUAUGGUGAACCAUAGAGGGCGCCAAAACAUUAGAAAGAGCCUGAGCCCUGCUCACCUGAGUGCCUACAGGUCCUCGAUGAUGAAGAGGCAAGGAGACCGUAUUACCAUCGAUGAUGUUAAACAGGUGGCUGUCGGUUUGCUGCAGGAGAAUUAUUCGCUUCCCAUUCCGCUUUGCUUCAUGACUGUAUUGAAGAAUAAAGAGCUUGAUGACGUUCUGGCUGCCCUUCUCCUUUACCUGUCUUGUUUCUUCGAACACAAGUCUCUAGAGAAUAAACCCAAGUCUUUAAUGCCUGUAGACAUCAUCACAGAGCACCAGAUGAUGGCGGAGGCUUUGGCCAAAAAGGAGAUAGCACAAAAGAAGCUGGCUGUCUGCUAUUUCAGUCUCAUCAUGGGCCUGGAGAUAGAGCAGCACCAACACACGUCGUAUCACAAGGGCCGGAUGUCAUCAAACCGUACAGAGUGGCAACUACAUGCGUGUUUGUACAGCUUCUUCUGCUUUGUGGCCUGGGUGACGUUUGGCAGGAAGGACCUGAGGGACAUCCAAGAGGAGGUGGGGCGACUUUUGUACUCUGACACCUUCAACUCGGCACUCAGGAACAGCAGCGAUGGGAACUCUUGCACGACCCUCUCUGCCGUUAAUGGUUCAGUGAAGAUGGAAGAGGCUGACCCCAAGGACACGGGAUGCGAUGGCACAUUCAGGCACAGAAGAACGUCCCAGCGGCGUCCUGCCCUCAGCACUGUGGUUAAUCAGCGAUCCCCACUGAUGGUGUCUCUGCUGCCCUCGCCCAAAGAGCAGUCUCCCCAUCUGUUCGUCCGCAGCCCAGCCAGGAGGCAGAGCCCUCUGCAGGCCGAGCUCUGUGACAUCAAGGCUCUGACGGAAAAGCUCAACCAGCAGCUGGCCAGCGUCAGCUUUGGCAUUCUUGGCAUGCCAUUGAGACAAUUCAGUCGCAGUACCCUGAUACCCUAUGAAGAAGAGAAAAACAAUGGAGACGAACAAGAACCAGGGAGUGACGUUAAUAACAACAGCGAGGACCAUACUGGCAUCCAUAUUCGAGGUGCCAGCGCGUCCUUCGCGGGACCCAAGUCGACAGGUCUUGCCGGAUUUGGCAGCACCACCCACAUGAACUCUCAGCAGCUACAAUUCAGGCAGUGACCUCAGACGCCGAAUAACUUCUAGGAGAAAGUUUUUUUUGCAUUUUUAUUGGCAUUAUGCAGACAUUGCAUGUGUAAAUGCAUUCCUCAGCACAGCCCACAGGGUCAGAAACAGAGAACAGAAAGUAGCAGGUUUUCAUUCUGCCCCUGUUCAUGUGGGGCUCCUUUUCAACGGCACCUCCCUGGACUGUCAUCACACACACCGUGUUUGCUCCUGAAUUUAAAUCACUGUCUUAUUUGCCAGCUGGUGGUGCUGUUGAAUAAAAUAUAAUGAAAUCCGGAACAAC